AUGACUUCGGUCAUGCAAAGUUCCCAACACCAGUCCCGGCAGGUCACAGCCGGGACUGGUGUUGGGAACUUUCUACGUGCCAUCUCGGCGCGCUCCUCGUCUCCCCACCACCACACCAACAACAACAACAACAACAACACGCCAACGGCACCAGACACGCUCUCUGAGCGCAUAGAGAAGAACCGUGCCGGCGCUCUUGCAAUGCUUGAGGGAAGGGGUGAGGAGACUAGCCGGGCCAGGAUUGAGGCACGUUCGGAGAGGAACCUGUUCAAGUUGACAGGUCAGGUGCCGCCUACACCAACUACAGGCACUGUCAACGAGAACGACGUCUUCAUUCGACGGGAUGAUCUUCGGGCACAAUGCCGAGCUGCCAACAACGAGCAAAAGGCAGCACCAGAGGCAGUUAAGAGCCCAAUGAAGAAGUUUUUCAAAUUCCACAACCCUUUCAAGAAGACCACUGUCGAAGCCGCACCUCCCAUGCCACACAAGGCAGCAGAAGUAUUUGGCACACUGCCCCGUCAGCACCGUGUCGUCGAGGCCCGCCCCAUCAUCCCUGUACGACGAGUGUACGAGACGCCUACAAAGCCCCAACGCUCUGACACCUCAAAGUCUCUGCCCAAUAAGGUAGUUACUCCGUCUGGUUUCAAUCCUUAUCCCAGAAGGAAUCGUUCGCGUCGCCGUCCCAGGGGAGCUAGCUCGCCCGCCGUCAGCCCUAGUCAGCAGGGAGGUGAAGUUGAGAAGACACCAGCCAAGGUCGGCCUCACAAUCGACACUGCCAAUCCACCCACUCCUCCAGCAAAAGACACCCCUCCACAGCUUAGAUUUCAGAGUCCACUUCGCAAGGUCCACCCGAUCCCAGACCUGCGUCAGUCAUACGAACACCACGACACUGGUUUGGAAGAAGGCCAUGGUCUGCGCCUCCCUGAGUUUGAACUGACGCCGCUCUUGGCACCCGAAUUUCAGUCGAGCGACGAGCGCGCAAGCCUUGAGACGUCCUGCCUACUGGAUACAGAGUCUACGCGGAUAGCACCUCGCUUCUACUCACCUAUGGAUCCGCCAGCCCGCGGUUUCGCAGAAGGAGAGAGCCCGUCCAAGAACUCUGACUCAAACCGUCUUCUUUACUCUGUUCCGGACAAGUCGGCAGCCAGUCUCCACCAAGUCUCCAAAGGCACAAUCAACAUGAUGUAUCAGGGCAGCGCGAACGACAUCGACCCAGACUCUUCGACUGGCCGCGAGCUGGUGCAGGACCAAACCCGGGCCAAGACAAGCAGUGGCCGUUCCGAUACUGAGAUCACGAGCCGUGUCAUGCAAGAGCUGCGUAUCGGCGAGAGGCACAUGUCGGCGCCACAGAUGAGCCCUCAGACUGGCCAUAUUCAACCCGAUCAGUCAUCUUCAAGACUCACUGACAUGCUCAACACGGUCAGCCCUGGUCACAGCGAUUCUCGGAGCGAGUUCCAGCCGUACUAUGCCAGUGCUGUGCCUAGUCCACUUCACAACGCCGUUCAGAUGGUCACGGCACGGUCGAACACGUCUCAUGGUUCUCAUGGCUCUUUCCCUGUACCCCCACAGCGCAUCAUUCCCAAGACCAUCGAAGACCACUUCUUCAUGACCAACGAGCACUUGGACGUCGUGGGCAAGACAACAUGGGACCUCCUCGAGGGCAUACACAAGCAGCAGAAGGGAAAGGCCAAGACCAAGCAGGAGCAGCUUCUGGUUCACAUCGACAAGCGCACUGCGCAGAUCAAGGCCCACAUGGACGCCCAGGUCAGCAAGUCCAACGAAGACGCGGCUGGUACCAUCAGCGACUGUGCCAAGCGCAUCGAAGAGCUGUCUGAUCGUGUCGUGGACAUGGCCGACAACCAGCACAAGGCCUACGCCGAGUUGAGCAGCGCCUCGGAGUCAAUCAACGAGACCAUUUCCAAGGCACUUGCUGAGCAGGACAAGAAGAUAGCGAGCAUGCACGCCGAGAUGAAGGACAUGAAGCAGAUGUUGCAGAAGAUACUGGACAAGCAAGCAGCCGAUCAUGGUCACACUCCGAAUAGGCCUCCCUCACACGGUGUCAACUACCAUGGUGUUGACACUGGCAACAUGCACGAGAACCGCGGUAUGUCGUCUCCCCCGGACAGCCAGGUCGAUCCUCGCGUCAGUUAUCAGUGGCCUGGACGUGCUGCAUUUUCUGGCCGCAAGGAAGACCGCCCGUACCCUACCAACCCUUAUCAGACCAGCAGUGGAGGUCACUACAACAACCCGUACGCUGGUGGUUACUCGUCAUAUACCUUCAAUCCCAGUCCUCCUGACCAGAACUUUCCGUUUCCAGGUCAAGGUCAGGCAAAGUGA